AUGCUGGAAACUACACAAAUGGUGGCCAAUAUGGGAAUGUUUGAAAAUCAGCCGCGCUCGUCGCUCUCUGAGGGAGAACUUGGCAUUACGGUCACCCAGUCCAACAUGGAGACGGAGCAGAAGCACCAGCGGGACAAGGUGCCGGGAAUACCAAACAAGGAAGCCGCCCCUGCCUCCGGGGAUGCCUGCAGGACCGGGAAUCAAGAUCCUGCUGCCUCCAUUCCCACGGUCUCCAGCGACGCGUCUCCCUCGGGCUGCGCCGCCCUGAGCAGCAGCAGAGCCGGUUCUGCCGCUGCCGCCAUUUUCAUUGCCGAUGAGAACCCGGGGCUGCCCAUCAUGGCUCCUGUUUCGGCGGAAAGGCAUUCUGACCUCCAGGCCUGCUGCAGUCUUCACGAAGACCUUGGAUGUGAGGUGCCUGAGGGGGGCAGCCAGGCUGCUGUGGGGCCACCCCCGAAGGCCACUGGCCACGCCGAGCACCCAGCCGGGACCAAGAGCCCUUGGAACAACCGUCGUAGGAAGCAGCCCUGCCGAGACCAGGGUGCCUGGGCUCAGAAGCCUCCAGGGCGUUGUCUGUUUCCUAGGCUUUUGCCGCCGUCUUCUCCAGGGUCCCAGCCCAGCAGCCGUCGCCGUUCCCAGGCUUCUACGUCAAGUCAGGCAACCCAGCCAGGCCCUGCACUCCUCAGCUAUGCCUCUGCUGCAGGGCCUGUUUUCCGACGUUUCAUCGCCCUGCCAGGCCUUCCUUUUCCACCAUUUGCCAUUCAUCUAGAUCCUGCUCGUCUAAGCCCUGAAUCUGCGCCAGACCCCGCUCGCCGUGCAUCUGCGCCAGGCCCCGCUCGCCGAGGCCGUGCAUCUGCGCCAGGCCCCGCUCGCCGAGGCCGUGCAUCUGCGCCAGGCCCGGCUCGCGGAGGCCGUGCAUCUGCGCCAGGCGCCGCUUCGCGAGGCCGUGCAUCUGCGCCAGGCGCCGCUUCGCGAGGCCGUGCAUCUGCGCCAGGCCGUGCCCUUCGCAGCCACACAGCAAGGUCAACCCCUGCUCGUCGCAGCACCAGCAUGACGCCAGGCACUGGCCUCCGGAGCCGUUCCACCCAGCGAAGAUCAGUCCUUCUCAGCCGCCGUUCUCUAUCUGGGCCAGCUGAUGAGAAUCCUUCCUGUGGGGCUGGCUUACGAAGGCUUGCCUUUCAGAGCAGCUCAGGCCUUCCUGAUCCUGAGGUGCCAAGCAGUCCUUCCCCACCUGUUUGGCAUGCAGUCCGUAUGCGUGCCUCCUCACCCUCACCCCCUGGGAGGUACUUCAUUCCCAUCCCUCAGCAGUGGGAUGAGAGUUCCUCCUCCUCCUCCUCCUCCUCAAGUAGGUCUCCUGGCACAAGUCCUUCCUCCUCCCCAACUAAGAUUUCUGGGCAGAGUUCCUCUUCCUCUUCCCCUGAGUUUUUGGGCCUGAGAUCUAUCUCCACUCCUAGCCCUGCUAGCCUUAGGCGUGCCUUGAUGCCUGAGCUUUAUGCUCCAAGCCCUGUCCCUCCAGAAGAGCAGGCAGAAAUAGAGAGCACAGCUCAUCCCCCACCACUACCUGAGCUGUGA